AUGUCUACCAGUCUAUGUAUCCAACAGUCUGUGUACGAGAUCACCAGUAUGUCUAAAUGUCUACCAGUCUAUGUAUCCAACAGUCUGUGUACGAGAUCACCAGUAUGUCUAAAUGUCUACCAGUCUAUGUAUCCAACAGUCUGUGUACGAGUCCACCAGUCUGUCUACAUGUCUACCAGUCUAUGUAUCCAACAGUCUGUGUACGAGUCCACCAGUAUGUCUACAUGUCUACCAGUCUAUGUAUCCACCAGUCUGUGUACGAGAUCACCAGUAUGUCUACAUGUCCACCAGUCUAUAUAUCCAACAGUCUGUGUACGAGAUCACCAGUAUGUCUACAUGUCCACCAGUCUAUAUAUCCAACAGUCUGUGUACGAGAUCACCAGUAUGUCUAAAUGUAUACCAGUCUAUGUAUCCAACAGUCUGUGUACGAGAUCACCAGUAUGUCUAAAUGUCUACCAGUCUAUGUAUCCAACAGUCUGUGUACGAGUCCACCAGUAUGUCUAA